CUGAAAUGCUGGUAUUUUCUUCACUCGCUCUCUGACUGAAUACCUCUUUCUGGCAAAUUCUCUCGUCAGAAACAACAAAGUGCAAAUGUGUUUACGAAUCUAGGGUCAAUUGCGCAGAAGUAGGCUACAGUAUAAAUAUCAGAGAUCAUGGAGCAUCAUCACAAUAAAACUCAAGAGACUCUUAAGGAAACCAUAGGAGAACAAAACCACAGAAAACACCACUAUACAAGACAAGAUCCACAGGGAAAGAUGGGUUCAGAUGUCCCCACUGGUUAUAUAUUGCUGAUUGCAGCCUGUCUGCUGAACGCAGUUGCUCCAACUCUAUCAGUGAACAGAGGUGGAGAGUGCACAUUCAACACCAAAGGCACCUGUGAAUAUCAAGGACAGGUCUUCGGCAUUGGUGAGAGCUGGAUUACUAAAGACUGCUACCAGUGUGUGUGUAUGGAGCCCUUCGGGGUGGGCUGCUGUGAUCACAACUCCCUACCAGUAGAUUAUCCUGAGUGGUGUGAGGUCGUCAGAAAGCCCGACUCCUGCACCAGUGUGGCUGUGAUGAGAGCCAAUCACAAACUCCCUUGUCUUUAUGGGAAGUGGGGCAAGAUGCGACCUGAGACAUGGAAGUCUGACAAUGAUUUAUUGUUUUAA